CAAAGAGGAGAGUCAUUAAUUAAGCUAUUAGAGAAGUUGAAAGCAAAGUUGUUAUCCUGAGGGCAUCAAAAAGCAAAAACAAAAACGUGGCAGUUAAAAGUCGAAGUUUCAAAGGGAUUGCAUUUCCAAUCUGGGAGGGCUUCAUGGGCGACCAAAGUGCAAAACUCCAGCCUCCUGCCUGGGAGUCCCUGGCAGGACUGGCCUCCGAGACAGGACUUCAGGGGUUAAAACGGCGAUGUCACAUCGGCCGUUUGAGACUCCUCCUCUCGCAGUGAGGUGAAGACUUUUGAAAAUCACCCCACUAGAGAAACUCCUCCCCCUGCAGAAACCUCACAUUGAAAUGCUGCAAAUGACUCGGGCCCGCGUGCAGUCGCUGCCGGGUCGCACGAAGCCCGGGUUGCCAUCGCGGACGCUGCGGGUCGUGGUCGGGGUCGGGACGUUGCAGGCGGGGACUGCGAGCAUGAGACGAGCCAACUGGGGACUGUGCUGGGCCAUCGCCCUGCUUCUCGCUGCGGCGGGGGCUGCAGAGUACAAAUGUGAAAGAAACGAGUUCCAGUGCCGAGACGGGAAGUGCAUCUCUUACAAGUGGGUUUGCGAUGGCCUCCCCGAGUGCCAGGACGGCUCCGAUGAGUCUCAGGAGACCUGCAGGUCUGUCACCUGCAAAGCGGGAGACUUCAGCUGUGGGGGCCGUGUCAACCGCUGCAUUCCGCAGUCCUGGAGAUGCGACAGCCAAGUGGACUGUGAGAACGGCUCCGACGAGCAAGGCUGUGCCCCCAGGACGUGCUCCCAGGACGAGUUCCGCUGCCACGACGGGAACUGCAUCUCUCGGCAGUUCGUCUGCGACUCCGACCGGGACUGCCUGGACGGCUCGGACGAGGCCGCCUGCCAGACGCCCACCUGCGGCCCCUCUGACUUCCGCUGCAACAGCUCCACCUGCAUCCCCGCGCUGUGGGCCUGCGACGGCGAGCCUGAGUGCGAGGACGGCUCAGACGAGUGGCCCCAGAACUGCCAGGGCCGUAACACGUCCUCCCCCCGGGCUGACCUCAGCCCCUGCUCCGCCCUCGAGUUCCACUGCGGAAGCGGCGAGUGCAUCCACUCCAGCUGGCGCUGUGACAACGACCCCGACUGCAAGGACAAGUCCGACGAGGACGGCUGCAACACAGCCACCUGCCGCCCCGACGAAUUCCAGUGCUCGGACGGGACCUGUAUCCACGGCAGCCGGCAGUGUGACCGCGAGUACGACUGCAAGGACAUGAGUGACGAACUGGGCUGCGUCAACGUGACGCGGUGCGAGGGGCCCAACAAGUUCAAAUGCCACAGCGGCGAGUGCAUCACACUGGACAAAGUGUGCAACGCGGUCCGGGACUGCCGGGACUGGUCGGACGAGCCCCUGAAGGAGUGCGGGACCAACGAGUGCUUGGACAACAACGGAGGCUGCUCCCAUGUCUGCAACGACCUCAAGAUUGGCCACGAGUGCUUGUGCCCCGACGGCUUCAGGCUGGUGGACCAGCGGAAAUGUGAAGAUAUUGAUGAAUGCCAGGAGCCCGACACCUGCAGCCAGCUCUGUGUGAACCUGGAGGGCAGCUUCAAGUGCGAAUGCGACGAGGGCUUCCAGCUGGACCUGCUCACCAAGACCUGCAAAUCUGUGGGCCCCAUCGCAUACCUCUUGUUCACCAACCGCCACGAGGUGAGGAAGAUGACGCUGGACCGCCGUGAGUACGCCAGCCUCAUCCCCAACCUGAAAAACGUGGUGGCGCUGGACACGGAGGUGGCCCGCAACAGGAUCUACUGGUCUGACCUGUCACAGAGGAAGAUCUACAGCACCCAGCUCGACGGAGCCCACAGCUUCUCCUCCUACGACACGGUCAUCAGCGGAGACCUGCAGGCCCCCGACGGGCUGGCUGUGGACUGGAUCCACGGCAACAUAUACUGGACGGACUCCAUCCUGGGCACCGUCUCUGUGGCCGACACCAAGGGCGUGAAGAGGAAGACGCUGUUCAAGGAGCGCGGCUCCAAGCCGAGGGCCAUCGCGGUGGAUCCCGUUCACGGCUUCAUGUACUGGACAGACUGGGGGACUCCCGCCAAGAUUGAGAAAGGGGGGCUGAAUGGUGUGGACGUCUACUCGCUGGUGACAGAAGACAUCCAGUGGCCCAACGGCAUCACCCUGGAUCUUUCCAAUGGCCGCCUCUACUGGGUCGACUCCAAACUCCACUCCAUCUCCAGCAUCGAUGUGAAUGGGGGCAACCGGAAGACUGUCUUGGAGGACAAGAAGAGCCUGGCGCACCCCUUCUCCCUGGCCAUCUUCGAGGACAAAGUGUUUUGGACAGACAUCCUGAACGAAGCCAUCUUCAGUGCCAAUCGCCUCACGGGCUCGGAUGUUCACUUGCUGGUGGAAAACCUGCACUCCCCGGAAGACUUGGUCCUCUUCCACAACCUCACGCAGCCGAGAGGCGUGAACUGGUGUGAGAGGACAACGCUGCCCUGCCAGUACCUGUGCCUCCCGGCCCCGCAGAUCAACCCCCACUCACCCAAGUUCACCUGCGCCUGCCCGGAUGGCUCGUCUCUGGCCAAGGACAUGAGGAGCUGCCGCACAGACGCAGAGCCCAUAGUGACCGCCACAGCCAUGAAGCCAAAGCACACAGCCAGUCGGCCCACAGCCAGCACCACCCGGCGGCCCGGUGCCCUCCCAGACCUCAGCACAGCAGAGACGGUCACCAUGUCCCACCACGUCAUGGGUGACGUCGCCAGCAGAGGAAAUGAGGAGAAGCCAAGGAGCGCGGGGGUUCUGUCCAUCGUCCUCCCCAUCGCCCUCCUGGCCCUCCUCUGCUUCGGAGCCUUCCUCCUCUGGAAGAGCUGGCGGCUGAAAAACAUCAACAGCAUCAACUUCGACAACCCCGUGUACCAGAAGACCACGGAAGACGAGGUCCACAUUUGCCAGAACCAGGACGGCUACACCUACCCCUCGAGACAGAUGGUGAACCUGGAGGAUGACGUGGCCUGAACAGCCCCCUGGCCCUGGCGAUCCCGCUUCCACUGAAGGCAGAAGAGUCCUUUCUCCGCCGACCCUCGACUCCCUGCCCAAGACCUCAGUGGCCUCUUACUCCGUUGGAAGGAAAGAAAACCCCGAAGUCUCCGUGGGCGCCUGGAGCGGAGGCCUGCCUGCCUGAUCUUUGUUUUAUAUAUUUAUUUUUCAGGGAGGCAGAGCAGCUUCAGACAGCGCACACGCAGUGUGUUGGGGUUGGCUUUUUUUUUCCUUCCUUUAUGGAGGAGGAAGGGUUCGAGGCUUAUGGAGUGGAUCUGCCAUCUUGGUUUCCUUCUGGGAUGUUCUGAUUUUCUAUCUGCCUUAGUUUACCCUUCACAGGAAGGACACCAGGACAGGGAGACAUGGGCUGAGAGAUGUGAGUGACCUGGGACACCUGGUGGUGGCAGGUGCUACCGCCAGGGUCCGGGCACAGCUGCGCACCCCGAGCCCAAGCUCCUAAACUCAGGAGUGACUGCCCCCUGCAACCUUGCUGGACAGCCAUUUGCCUUCGCCUGCCUCCCCUGGUCAGCACUGACCCUUGUUUCAAGCCGGGUUUGCACCCUCCAGGAAGGGACUCAACAGCCAAUCCUGGGUGACAGUAACAGAUACCAAUUUAUUCGCCAAAAAUGCACCAGUUCCCGGAGGGAGAGCCCGCAUCACCGGUCGCCCUUAAUGUCAAUUAAGUGCCUGAAACACCGGUUCACCUUGCAUGAGGAUACGUGGCCUUCGCUUCUAAGACGUCCUUCAGCCCUGGGGUUGGCUGCUGGACCCCAGCCUCGUGCCCACCCCCUCUCCAGCCCUUUCCACAUGAAGCCUGCACUUUUCCGCGGUGGCCUCCUUGCGCCUUUUCAGUUCAGGGUUGAACGUUGUGUAUAUCUGGUUUGUGUGCGUGUCUUUUGCACUGUUAUGUGUUGUACGGGUGGGGAUGGGGUCCCAGGCUGGAGGCGGCCCGAGUCCAUGAACAUGGGCUACCAUCCAUGCCCGGGGAGGACAGGCGUUUGCCUGGACUUCAGGGCCCGAUGGUGAUUAUCGGGAGCUACCAUUUUCUUGACGUCUG